UACCCUUUAGUUAGACUGGUUGUCAGACUUUUUAGUUUCUGACUUCUUGGAACAACUGUCAAAUAUAUGAAUAACAGCCGGGACCCACAAUUUAACGUGCCUUCCGAAACACGGAGGAACUCGUUAUGACAAAGAUGGUCGCCUAUCUACGUACCAACCGCGUCAAGAGUCGCUUAACUUGUGAGCGAUUCACUUAUGCAGUUAUACCUUAGCCACGCACCCCUCUUACAGAGAUUUUUAAAGUAACUUUACCGAGAUUAUAGAGCCGUACAUCUGUUAUUGAGUAAAUGAACAGCUUGUUCUAUUCGCCAAAGAGGUAGUAUUUGUAUUGUAUUUGUAGUUGGAUCUAGUUAUGUGGGAACAACAUCAAAGUAAACUAAAGAGAUCUAACUAAAGAGAGGCAAAGAGAGAUCUUUAACUCAAAGCGGAUUCCAUAAAAUAAAUGUCUUGAGUAUUGAUAAUUAGCAUAGGGGCGCAUCUGGCAAAAGGUAGUAGAGGGAAUAGGAAACAGGUAUCCCUAUAAAGUGGCUUUACCAGCGCUAAUUGAAUUGGAAGUUUAUAAUGGAGUAUAUUAUAUUUAAUUAAAUGUUACCUAUCUACUCAUAGUUCAAGAUAUAUCAUAACAGUAUCAGUUGCUAUGUCAUAUCCAUUACCCAAUACUCCAAUCCAUUAAAACAAAAAAGAAAAUUCUAAAACUUCCCCGUCUAAUAUCGCUAAGUGAACAUCUAAAUAUGAAAUGAAUGAAUAAAAGCGAUUCAUUCAUAAAAUGCCAGCCAUUUUGUAAAGGUUAGGUAUGAAACCAAAUGUAUUUUGUCAUGGUCGCGGUACUCGCUGAAAACAGGCCAAGGAGAAAGUUUGCGCAGGCGCGAAAGGAUUGAUUUUCCCCGCCAUGACGUCACAAAUACAAAAUGGCAGCCAUCUGAUCAAGACGAGCUCAGUAUAAAAUUUUUAAAAUUCGAAACAUCAGCCACAGUUUCUUAACGAACGUCAGAUGUAUAAAUUAAACAAUAAAUUCCGCUGCGACUGAUGAAAACGGGGAAUAUUUUACAUUCGAUAUUAUAUAGAUGGUAUAAAACGUGUGUGUAGUCAGUGAUACGGUAGCUAAGGAGAUCACAGAAUGGUUUAUCGUGUAGUACAGAAGAAUUUCCUGUCGAUGUUCGACGUUACGACAAUGACGCUGGUCAAGUUAGUGUGUUUAUCAGUGCUGGUGGCGUGCUCGGUGCAGAGCUUACAGCUUGACAGUCAGGCGUCCACACGCCGGCCGAGGGUCACGAAGUACAGCAAAACUACUGCCGCGCCUGGCGGAUCUACGGAGGCAGUAACAGAGAGAAGUCUGAACACAGCAACAUAUCGUCUGCUGGGCAGCGGCGGUGAGACGUGUAUCUUACUGGUGGUGGACGCACUGCUCGAUAUAUCAUACGUCACCAAACUUAAUGAACGAGCUGAUGCCAACACCUUCAUCCCGAACAACGCCAACGUGGGAGGCUCCUGUAAGGACGGAGACGCGGCGACCCUCGUGCUGUCCUUCAAAGACUUCUCCCUAGAAUGGUCCUUUGCUAAGACCCCAGGUGGCGAGCGCUGGUACGCGGACAGUCUCCGCUUGACCUACAACUCGAGCGCACGUAUCCUGGAGCACGCGGCCAACCAGGGCAGGAAGGUGACCCUCAGCACUGAAGCAGGAGAACUGCUGUUCCCGACACCAGUCGGCAAGUCCUUCUCAUGUCCCGAGGAAACUGUUAUCGAGUUGGCUGAAGAGGAUGCUAAUCCGGCAACCAUCCACCGCGCCAAGCUAUACCUCCGCGAGAUGAGGCUGCAAGCCUUCAUGUACAAGCGCGGCGGGGAGUUCGGGGCGGCGUGGGCGUGCUCGCGCGCGGCCCGCGCCCGCGCCGAGGCCGCGCCCGUGGCGGUGGGCGCCGCGCUCGCGCUCGCCACCGCGGCCACGCUGUGCGCCUACGCGGCCUGGCGCUACGUCAAGGUUAAGAAGGUGCAGUACGACACGAUGGAGUGAAUACGACGUUGCUUUUACAAUUUUUCUUUGAUGAAUUGAAAUAUGGUUUUUUUAGGUUUUUUGGUUGAGGUAACGAUUUUUUUUUCAUUCCUUUGGUGUUGUUUUUGGAGUAAUUGUUAAGUUAACUAUUGAUUUGGCUAAUUAUAUGAAUGGUUAAGUUAAGUUGUGAUAUUUUUUCGGCAUAUUUAAAUUGUUUAAUUAAAAUGGAGAUUGAAUUUGAUUUUUU